CAACAAGUGGAUUAUGAUGCAGCGUCCAAUGAUGAUACAACAGGAGCGUCAGCAUUACAAUCACAAUAAAGCUAAUACAAUAACAAAUACUGUAGCUGGAUUAUAUGAUCUCGAGGAAACGUUGGGAUCAGGACAUUUUGCUGUAGUCAAAUUAGCACGACAUGUUUUUACAGGAGAAAAAGUUGCAGUUAAAGUAAUUGAUAAAACUAAACUAGAUGACAUAUCAAAGGCACAUCUGUUUCAAGAAGUUCGAUGUAUGAAGCUUGUUCAGCAUCCACAUGUUGUGAGACUUUACGAAGUAAUUGAUACUCAAACUAAAUUAUAUCUUAUACUGGAACUUGGUGAUGGUGGAGAUUUAUAUGACUAUAUUAUGAGACAUGAUGCUGGCUUGUCUGAAACCUUAGCUAGAGAAUAUUUCCGUCAAAUUGUUCGUGCCAUUUCAUAUUGUCAUCAGCUUCAUGUAGUCCACCGCGAUUUAAAACCCGAGAAUUGUGUGUUCUUUGAGAAAUUAGGUGUUGUCAAGCUUACUGAUUUUGGAUUUUCUAAUAAAUUUUGUCCUGGACAAAAGCUCGAGACGAGCUGCGGAAGUCUGGCAUAUUCUGCGCCAGAAAUCUUAUUAGGUGACAGUUAUGACGCUCCAGCUGUUGAUGUGUGGUCGUUAGGUGUUAUUUUAUAUAUGCUUGUUUGUGGUCAACCUCCAUUUCAAGAAGCUAAUGAUUCUGAGACUCUUACUAUGAUUAUGGAUUGCAAAUAUACUAUGCCUCCUCAUAUUUCAUCGGAAUGUCGUAGACUUAUUGCAUCAAUGUUAGUACGUGAGCCAGAAAAGAGAGCAUCAAUUGAACAAAUAGCAAAUGAUUCAUGGUUGUCGCAAGGUGAACAAAGUCAACCCGAAUAUCUACCUUUAGUGAGUAAAGAGCAAGUUAGUGACGAGGAUCAUUCAUUCAUUGUACAAAAAAUGGUCAAUGGAAACAUUGCUCAAAAGGAUGAAAUUUUAGAGGCUUUAGAUCGUAAUGAAUAUAAUCAUAUAACCGCAACAUAUUUCCUUCUUGCCGAACGAAAAUUGCGUGCUCAUCGCCCAGAUCAGCAAAUUAAAAAGAAACCUGAUCUCACACUUCCAUUAUCGCCAGCAAAAAAUGAAUGCUCAAAAUUAAUGAGUCAAGAUGAUGAUGAAGAUGAGCAAGAUAAUAAUUUACUAGUCGUACCAGGCAUUAUAAAUGCACCACGAACUCCUGGAGAUAUGAGUCAGAAAGGCAGAAAUCGAAAAUGUUCAAUCGUGCAAGAGGAAGACGACGACAUUGGAGAUGAAGAGCCAUCGUCGCCAUUAAAUCGAAGAGGUUCAAGAUCAGAAGGACGUUUAAACAUUACUGUGCAAGAUCGCUUAGCUGCUGAAGUUGCAGAAAGGAUUAAAAAAGAACAGCACUCGAAAAUUCAUGCAAAAUCACAAGAGCCGGAUCUCAAAGUUGCAUCAGCUAAUACGAGGAGCUUAAUAGAUGGCAUUGCUGGUGUUAAAAUAAUUAAGAAUGAUGAUAAGGAAAAGUUUUUAGGACAAGCAGGUUCUGGAUUGAGAAAGGAUGUUCGUUCGGGUUCUGUGGAUAAGAAUCAAGUCAGACCAAUUCGUGGUCCAAUGGAUAUAAAGAUACUCACAGAUUCCUCGACCAUUCCGGCUAUAAAUGUUACACCGAUGAUUAUGAAUCAAAUAUCAAAACCAUUUAAGACAAUGCCGUCACCAACACGAUCGGCAUUAUUACAACAGACUACAAAUUUAAGUAAUAAUAGCUGUUUAAAGGAAAUUCUUGAAUGUGAUACCGGUUCAUCUGAUACAAGUAAUACAAAUACUCCACGUCCAAUUUUAAGAUCUCAAGCUGUUUCUGCUGCUACAACAUCAACACAUCAUCGACGGACAAAAUUUCAUAAAUCUCGCACAACAUCAUGCAGCUCCUCAGACGCAUCUGAUGAUGAUAAUAAUAGCGAAAAGAAACGAGCUGGAACUAAAAUUAUAGAAUGUGGAAUUACGAAGCAAAUAAUUACGCAGAGACGUGACAGUGACUCGAGUGAUUCACAAGAUCCGGGUAGUAAUACAUGCUCGGGUAAUAAUAAUGCUGGUAGUUCCUUGAUUCUUCGUAAUGGAUCAACUACAACAUCAUCGAAUAAUAAAUCACCAACACAGUCAGGUACAAGUCAUGAAAGUCGUGGGAAAAGUACUUCAAAUUCAUCCGAAAUCGGAUAUCGUCGACAUAGAACUGGCCGAAGGAGGCAAACGGAAACGAGAUUACGUGAGAGCCAAUCAUUAAAUAGAAUUACGGAAGUUCAAGAAUGUGAACAUAAUAAUUUUAAUAAUAAUAAUAAUAAUAAUAAUUCGAUAAUGAAUAACAACAGUACUGAGAAGAUUGAUAAGAGCAAGAUUGAGGAUACACAGGAGAAGACUAAUGAACCAAUAAAACAUCCUAGUAAUAAUGAUAUUCUUAUGACGUCAUCAAAUUCGAUGAAAAUAUCAACAUUAAAUAAUUUAAACUCAAAAGUAACAUCUCCGUCGUCGAACGAUACAAUACAGAAUGUAACAAAUGAGUUAAAGGCAAACAAGAAUCAAAAUAAUACGAAAGCCAAAGGAUUUAGUGCUAGAUUUUUGCAGAAUUUAAAUUUCAAGCGGAAUCACGACUCGACACAAACGAAUUCAUCAAAAAGUAGUAAUAAAUCGAACCGCAAUUCAAUGCCUGAUGUGCCAUUAACGAAACUCACUAGUGGAAAAGUUGGAAGUCAUGUGCGGUCGUCUUCACAGGUGCCAAGCGAUGGAAGCGAUCGAUCGAAGAAAAUUAAGAUUUUGGGAAGAUAUUUUCAGGUGCACAAGAAAAUCUGUCAGCCAUUGUCUGGUCUAUUUCGAACGUCCGGAAGUGCUCGUCUAUCCUCAUCAAACUUAUACAAAGCUCAGUCAUGUUCUUCAAUCCUUCGCGAUGGAAUCCAUCAUUCAAUCAACAACACUACAUUAUCAACAUCGUCCUCAUCAGUCACAAAGCACUCGACAAAGUUUGACGAGAAAUUACUAAGUGAGCGUGAAUAUUUGAUUAAGAAUUGUCUGGGAUCAUCACGAUUUAUCGGAAGUGAUGGCGAUAUUAAUGAAAAGUCUCUCGACAAACAACAGCAGCUCUUAGAAUACAUUGACGAUGAUUUACUCUCGGGAAGUAAAUGCUAAAUCUGGUAUAAUUAAAGGUUUACAUUAAUAUAGUACAAUUUAGUUAAAUGGAUGGCUCCAUAAUAAUAUAGUGAACAUUAUUAUUCAUUAUGAUGACACUAGGGGCGCCUUUCCAUCAAAUCUAUUGGAUACGCCCCUGGAUGACGGUUAAAAAAAUGAAUCAAAGUAUUAAAGUGUUUGUUUUUCCUGAUUGAUAUGAGAAAAUAUCUUGUUGCUGUUUGAAAACUCUAUAAUGCAUACAUAUAUCUCAUUCCAAUAUGAUAAUGAUUGAAAAAAUCUAACUAGAACCGAAAACUAAUAUUAAUUGUAAUAGUAAUUGACUUUAUUUGCAGCAACUAUUUCUCUUGAAUUUCCACAAAACAGUAAGCUAGCGUAAACAAGACUUUGUCCGAUAAAAGUGCAUUUUUCCAGGCAUAGAUCGUUUGACAGUCGAAAAAUAUUUGAAAAUUAACGGAAAAAAAAUGUUUGAAUCAU